AUGCAGCUUUACAUUGGCGCAGUGUUCUGCGUGGUCACUCUCGCCCAUGUCGUCCCCCCUCAAUACGUUGACUUCCCCUCCACCGACAGUAACCACAAUGCCCUGGCCGUCGAUGUUGCGCAUUUGAUUGACCCCCGGAGCGCCGACUUUCAGCGGAAUGUUAGCAUUGUCGGACUGUCUGCCUCUACUUCCGCGAACCGGCCUUUCGUCGAUUCCAACUCCAGUUACAACUUCAAUCUGACCGCAGGCCCCUUUGCCCCCGCCGCCUAUUGUCACGCCUCCAUCUCUACACCCGAAGCCAACAACCUUCUUACCACGGACUGGAUUGAGUGUGACCUGCCGUCGUUGGACUCAACCGACACCAAGUCGGAAGAUAAGGCCACACGGACUUCCUACAGUCAAUAUCAAGGGGCAAGCAAAGUCCGCAGAGCAAAUGAUGCAAGCAGAAGCGAAGUUGCCCGAGCCUCAACAGCCUUCCGAUGGACCCAAAACUCUGAAGGGAGCGCCACUCUCGAUAUUGACUCAAACAUCACGGUUGCCAGGGACGGCGACGGCAACAGCAGAGGCGUCAUCAUCCGGCAGCAGGCUGUCUACGACAUCCCGGCCGAGGAUAUUGUUGGCCACGCUGAGUAUCGGGGACCACAGGAGGUGAGUGCUCGGGUACAGAAGAUGGAAAUCUCUAGUCUUGGAGUGGAUGAGGGUGGCUAUCAAGAACUCAAAGUUGCAUGCUUAUUUUUCUCUCGCCGGCCUCACAGCCAUGAACUCCCAACCCUGAUGCUUGUACACCCGCGCAAUGAUAUUCUGCCACAUGUCGUGCCCCAAAAAGGUUCCCGACGCCGCGUUGCGGAAGCCGAGCCACCCCGCGUUCUCGACGCAGUGCCAGUGCCAAUUACAUUGGCCCUUGACGAUGCAAGGCUGUUUGGCCCGGCUAUUGGGAAAGAGGUAAGGGUCAGCGCCUUUUUGGUUAGUGAGGCUGAUCAGAUCUGGGUCAGGGACGUGAACCAAACGCAAGUUCCCGUCUAUCAGCGUCAGCGCUCGGCCGGUGGAGGCUUCGAGGAGGAUAAAACUUUGGUUGGGCUGGGGGUCAGCGUGGCGUGUGUAGCGGGAAGAGGGGGAGGGCGGUCGCCUGGGUUUUGA